AUGCGACAACAACAUGACAUUGACCUGCGCAACAUGCAUGCCAAGCACGAAGCCGACCUAGCGACAAUGCGGACAGCCAAUGAAGCAGACCUCGCGGCGUUACGCGAAGAAAAUGAGCGCAUUCGCGCCCAACUCCCUCAAGGCCCCUCUGAUCGACCUCCUCACGAGAGCAACAUCCAUGAGGACGAGGCACACUCGGCCUCUCAAUCUCGGACGGCGACUAGGGCACCAACCUCACGGCCCGCCACGCACCGAUCUCAUGCAUCGACGCACAAGGUUUUUCCGACCUCGCUCAAAGUAGCCGCACUCCACUGGUACACCCAGCUACCCACUGAGUCCAUCGACAGCUUCAGCACCCUAAUCCGGCGGUUCAUGGCACAAUACGCCACCAGCCGACCUCACCACACAACCUCCACUACUUUGGCCAACCUCAGGCAGAAUGAUGACGAACCUCUGCGAACCUUCAUGGAGCGUUUCUCCAACAUCUCGGUGAGGAUCCAGAACUUAAACCCCAAGGUCGCCCUGCACUCCAUGCUCAUGGCCCUCAAAGCUGGCCCCUUUGUCGACAAUCUCUACCGAGACCCCCCCCCCCCGGCCGGAUACAUCCAGAUGGAGGAGCACUCCGCCUUCCGCGACCAGGUUCGCGGGAAAGCUCCAGCAAAGUCGGAACAAGGGCAUAAGGAUAAAAUCAAAGUCAACAACGACAGUCAAUUCAAGAAGUCGACUAAGGCAAACAGAGGGGGGAGAUACGACUUCUACACUCCCCUGAACGCACCUAGGGUACACAUCCUAGAGGAAGCCAGCAACAACAAUCUGCUCGCCCUCCCACCGCCGGGUCACACUCCUAACAGCGCCGACAAGUCUAAGCACUACCGGUACCACAGGAACCAUGGUCACAUCACAGAAGAAUGUCGCACACUCCGGGAUCGCAUCGAGGAGCUCAUUCAAGCGGGCCACCUCGGCCAAUACAUCCAGCGAUAG